UUUUGGGCCCUCUAAAGCUGGUUGGAUAGCUCAGUGGUUUAGGUGUGGCAGUUCUAUUCCUCAUUGUGCCUGCUGAGAGAAGAGCCCGCCUGGGUAGCCUUGGGCAAGCUGCACAGUUCCAGGAUGCCCUCACAAAAAGAGAAUGGAUCCAGUGGGGGCCGCCAUGGCCCUCCAUCUCUCCUUCUCCAGCUGCCAAGCAACCAGACACUACGUUUCCGUGGCAACAAGGCAGCGGCCUGGGGAGCAGCUUGGGAAGAGGCAUCAGAGGACGCAGUUGACCCUCAGGAAUUGGUGACAGAAUUUGUGUUGAGCGAGGAGGAGGAAGACAGCAGACCCCUGGCAGAGCUGCCCCUUUGCUUUCAGGAUAAACGAAAGCUCAGAGUGCUACAGGAGCAGGCAGCUAAAAGACUCAAUGGCUGGGAACUCUGGCGUGUCGAGAAACGGCGGAUGCUGCGGCGUCUCAAGAGCCAGGUGGAUGCAGUCAUCUCAGACACUAAGAUGUGGCAAAGUUCACUGCGCAAAAUUGAAGGUCACUUUGGAACAGGGAUCCAGUCCUACUUCAAUUUCCUGCGUUUUCUGGUGCUGAUGAAUUUUGUUGCCUCACUGCUGGUGGUGGGAUUUGUAAUUGCUCCAAAUGCAGCAUUUGAAGCCCUGCAUCUCAGUUGGACAAGUCAGCUAAAUGGCAGUUUAGUUAACGUGUCAUGUCUUCAUUACAACCCCACUCCCCAAGGCUUGGUCAGCUACCCUUCAUACAUCAUGGAUCUUUUGUCAGGCAAGGGGUUCAUAGAGCAAACAUACCUGUUUUAUGGCUACUACAAGAAUUCAGCUGUUAAUUUUGUUGGCUUCUCAUACAAUAUCCCUCUCGCAUAUCUGCUCACGGCACUCUUCUACCUCCUCUUUUGCUUGAGCUUGAUUGUACGGAGGUCAGUUUAUUGUCUCAAACACAGCCUGGUUAGUGAAGAUGCUUCUCUUGGCUCCUACAGCAACAAAGUCUUUGCUGGGUGGGAUUUUGGCCUCAUGCAGCAGAAGAUGGUGCAAUUAAGGCAAAAGAGUAUUCGCUACGAACUGCGGAUGGACCUGGAGGAGGCAGCAUUCCGCAAGUCCCAGGCAGAACAGACCACAGCACAGCAAGUGUGUCUCUACACCCUCCGAGGCCUGCUUAAUAUUCUGGUUUUGGCACUGCUGGGAGGAUCCUUUUAUUGCAUCUAUCGGGCAACAGACUAUUCCCAGUGGCUGUUGGGAGAUUCAGACUCUCCAGUCAAAGGUCAAUAUUUCUUGGAGCUACUUGUAGCCUAUCUCCCGUCUGUUGUCAUCACAACUGCCAAUCUUAUUGUCCCCAUAAUCUUUGAGGUCAUUGUUAAACAAGAGAAAUACCCUCUCAGUUUUGAAAUCAAAAUCACACUUAUCAGGAAUGUUUUCCUCCGUAUGGCAAGCUUAGUGGUUAUCCUUGUCUCACUUUGGGCCCAGAUCACCUGCAGUGGGGACCCACGGAAUUCAGAGUGUCAGAACUGUGGCUACAAUAACCACCUUCACCCGUGCUGGGAGACCUCCGUGGGGCAGGAGAUGUACAAGCUGAUGAUCUUUGACUUGCUUACCAUGCUCCUUGUUAUGUUGUUUGUGGAGUUUCCAAGAAAGAUGUUAGUUACUUCCUAUCCCUCAUGCCUCUUCUUCAAAUGGUGGGGGCAACAGGAAUUCCUAGUGCCCUACAACGUCCUGGAUCUGGUUUAUGGACAAACCCUUUGCUGGACCGGGGCUCUUUUCUGCCCCCUACUCCCUGUACUUAACACCAUCAAAUUUAUUGCUGUCUUCUACCUGAAAAAGCUAACCCUGUUUGCCAACUGCUGUCCAGCAGAACGGACCUUUCGUGCCUCCAGCUCCAACUUCUUCUUUCUCUUGGUUUUGCUUCUGGGCCUGAUUAUUUCAUGUGUCCCUGCACUAUACAGCAUGUUUGUCUUGCCCCCUUCCAAAGCCUGCGGUCCAUUCCAGGGUGAAUCCGCCAUGUGGAAUUCUGUCAUCAGUGCUGUGUCAGAAUUACCCCACCGCGCUCAGGAUUUCCUGGAAUUUUUGGGCUCUUUGGCAUUUGCUGUACCCUUGUUCCUCCUCCUAAGCAUCCUCAUGUUCUACCUCAAGGCUCUGGCUGAUUCCUACAGCUCCAUGGUGAAAGGCUUUAAAGGGCAACUCCAUCUGGAGGGCCAAGACAAACUCUUUCUAGUGAAACAGAUCUCUGAGUUGAGCCAAUGAAACAAGAGGAAGUGUAUAACAAGAUGUUUCAUCUUCUCAUCGGAAAGAAUUUUCAAGACCUCACUGCAUGUAUGUUUCCUGUUCCUCCUCCUCUUAACCCAUCUCUCUCAAAAUUCCGUCAAAAGAGUCUUCAGACAAAUUUGCUAAUAAAUGUAUUUUUAUUGUCCUCAA